UUUCAGCACCGCGGACAGCUCCGCUCUGCAGACCGAGCACAUGGCCACGGUUAUAAAAGCCCUCACGGAGCCUCUCUGCAGCAUACAUUCACGACGACAAGAUGAGUCGUAGGGUGGAAAAGAGGUUCGACAGAAUCAAUCGAGAUGUAUACUCUCCAAACAGAUCGAGACGUUUUGGAUCAGACACCAGCGUCGUGAUUAACGGGACGACACCGGAAAUGCAUUCGAGCGAGCAGUUAUCUGGAAAGUUUAAUGAGAAAGAGCUGAUGCAUGGCUUGAACGACCGUCUUGCGGGAUUCAUAGAGAAGGUGCACCAGCUGGAGCACCAGAACAAUCUGCUGGAGAGGGAAAUCGAAGAGAUCAGAGGGAGAGCGAAAACCGCAUCAUGUUUGGAGGAGGAGUAUGGACCAGAGCUCGGGAAACUGAGGCAGCUGGUUCAGGACAUAACUCAUCAGAAGCACCAGGUUGAAGUCGAGCAUCAGAAUUUAGAGGAAGAGCUGUGCAGCUUGAGGAGGCAGCACGAGCGGGAGGCGCGCAGCAGAUCAGAUGCUGAGAGCAGUAUCGCGGUCCUGAAGAAGGACAUCGCUGACGCGUAUCAGGCCAAGCUACAGCUGGACAAGAAAGCGCAGUCUCUGGUGGAUGAGAUCCACUUCCUGAAGAGAAACCAUGAGGCCGAGGUGUCAGAGAUGUAUGAUCAAAUCCAGGAUGCGCAGGUGAACGUGAGGGCGCACGAAUUUGACCACCCCGGCGUCACUGCGGCACUUCGGGAUAUCAGGGCACAGCUGGAAGGUCACACCGUGUCCGACGUCCAGCAGAUAGAUGAAACUUUCCGAUCUCAGUUUGCAAAAUUAACAGAGGCAGCUGAGACCAAGCGAGAGGCGUUAAGGGCGUCCCAGCAGGAGAUUCAGGAGUACAGGAGGCGCUUGCAGGCCAAAAACCUCGAAUUGGACUGCGCUAAAGGCACCAGAGAAGCACUGGAGAAGCAACUCCAUGAAGUCGAGGAUCGCCAGAAGGAGGAAAUCAUCCGCUAUCAGAACGCAAUCAAAGAACUUGAAAAUGAACUCAUAAACUGCAAAUUUGACAUGUCUGCUUACCUGCGGGAGUACCAGGACCUGUUAAAUGUGAAGAUGGCUUUGGAUGUGGAGAUUCUGUCUUACAGGAAACUCCUGUGUGGUGAGGAGGCUCGGCUAUCAACAUUGUCGGACACCAACAUCUCCUUGCCGUACAUCUACCACCAGUCCCCUGUUUACACCCUCCCUUGCCUCAGCCGGCCGGGGGGACCAUACCGGCGAGCAGAGCCCCAGUACAAAUUUGUAGAGGAGAUCAUAACCGAGACCACCAGGGAAAUUGAGAUGUCAGAAUUUGAGGAGACGGGAUCAGAUGAGACAGAAAAAGAUGAGCAGCAGUGUACAAAAAGUAAGAGAGGGGGCAGUGAGGAAGAGGAGUAUAAUAAAGACGGUGGACAGGCAGAAAGUGACGAGAUGUCUGAGAGUCAGCAGAAUCAAGGAAAUGAACUAAAUGAAGUUGAUGAAUUGAGUGCAGAGGAAACUGGUGAAGUGGAUGAUGAUGACAAAAGUCAAGAAAGAAAAGAGGAAUCACAGGAGUUUGAAGCUGUUGACACUGAAGGAGAUGGCGACGUAGAUAUAAAUACUCAAAGCAAAGUUUUACAGAGUGAGAGUCUGGAUGAGGAUGAAAGUAAAUCAGGAGAAAAAGAAGCUGCAGGGACAGUAGUGACAGUCCAGCCAGAUCCCUCUUCAAAGCCACAAGAUUUAAAGUGUGAGGUCCCUGUGGAGGGAGAACUUCUGAAAGAAACUGAGGACGGUAAACCAGGAUGUGCUGAGGAAGACAGUCUUAUCUCAGAUCUAGCAAAAAGACCCGUUAAUGAAAGCUUGGCUCAAGUGUCUGAAAAACCAGACGAAUCUCAAGAACUAAGCAGCGAUGUUCAUUGGCAAAAUAAGGAUAAUACUUUGGAGAAAACCACAGAUGUUACAGCAGAGACAAAAAGCACUCUGCCCAUAGACACAAGGGACGUUUCAAGCCCACACAAGAGUGAGGUAAAGACUGACAAAGAAUCACAAGAAAUCACUAAAUCUGAUUCAGCAAAAGGUGGGGAUAAAGAGGCAAAAGCUGAGGAUGAAGGGGCAAACGUUGAGGAUAAAGUAGUGAAGAGUGAAGCAAAAAUUGAGGAUACAGUGGCAAAAGAUGAGGAUAAAGUAAAAGGUGAAGAUAACGUGGAAAAGGUUGAGGAUAAAGAAACUAAAUUUGAGGAUAAACUAGCAGAAGGCGAAGAUGAAGAUGCAAAAGCUGCGGAUAAAGUAGCAAAAGUGGAAGAUAAAGAAGAAAAAGGUGAAACAGAAAUUGAGGAUACAGUGGCAAAACAUGAGGAAAAAGAAGCAAAAGUUGAGGACAAAGUGACAAAUGGCAAGGACGAAGUAGAAAAAAUUGAGGACAAAACUGAAAAAAUUGAGGAUAAAGUAGCAAAAAGUGAGGAUAUAGAAGUAGUAUUUAAGGACAAACAGGCACAAAGUGAGUAUAAAGAAGCAAAACUUCAGGAUAAAGAAGCAAAAGGGGAAGAUAAAGAAGCAAAAGUGGAAGAUAAAGAAGCAAAAAGUGAAACACAAAUUGAGGAUACAGUGGCAAAAGGUGAGGAAAAAGAAGCAAAAGUUGAGGACAAAAUGACAAAUGGCAAGGAGGAAGAAGAAAAAAUUGAGAACAAAACUGAAAAAAUUCAGGAUAAAGUUGAGGACAAAAUGACAAAUGGCAAGGACCAAGUAGAAAAAAUUGAGGAUAAAGUAGAAAAAAGUGAGGAUAUAGAAGUAGUAGUUAAGGACAAACAGGCACAAAGAGAGUAUAAAGAUGCAAAACUUCAGGAUAAAGAAGCAAAAGGGGAAGAUAAAGAAGAAAAAAGUGAGGAUAAAGUAGCAAAAAGUGAGGAUCAAGAAGCAAAAAUUGAGGACAAAAAGGUAAAUGGUGAGGCAAAAAUUGAGGAUAAAAAACAAAUUGAGGAUAAAGUAGCACAAAGUGAUGAUAAAGUACCAAAAUUAGCAAAAGGUGAGGAUAAAGAAGAAAAAGUUGAGGAGAGAAAGGUAAUAAGUGAGACAAAAAUUGAGGUUAAAGUAGCAAAAAGCGAGGAUAAAGAAGCAAAAAUUGAGGACAAAAAGGUAAAUGGUGAGGCACAAAUUGAGGAUAAAGAAGCAAAAGUUGAGGACAAACAGACAAAAUGUGAGGAUAAAGAAGCGAAAAUUGAGGAUAAAGUAGCAAAAGGUGAGGAUAAUGUCACAGAGAGUAAGGAUAAAGAAGCAAAAGUUGAAGAUAAACGGGCAAAAACUGAGGAUAAAGUAGAAAAAGGUGAGGAUAACAUUGAAAAAGGUGAGGAUAAAGUAGCAAAAGGUGACGAUAAAGAAGAAAAAGGUGAGGCAAAAAUUGAGGAUAAAGUAGCAAAAAGUGAGGAUAAAGCCACAGAAAGUAAGGAUAAAGAAGCAAAGGUUGAGGAUAAACAGGCAAAAAUUGACGAUAAAGUAGCAAAAAGUGAGGAUAUAGAAGCAAAAGGUGAGGAUAAAGUAGCAAAAGGUGUAGAUAAAGUUGCAAAAAGUGAGGAUAAAGUUGCAAAAAGUGAGGAUAAAUUUGCAAAAAGUGAGGAUAAAGAAGGAAAGGUUGAGGAUAAACAGGCAAAAAUGGAGGAUAAAGUAGCAAAAGGUGAGGAUAAAGAAGAAAAAGUUGAGGACAAACAAGCAAAAGGUGAAGAUAAAGAAGCAAAAAUUGAGGAUACAGAAACAAAAAUUGAGGACAAAACUGCAAAAGGUGACGAUAAAGUAGAAAAAGGCAUUGAGGAUAGUUACAAAGACCAGGAUAAGGAGUCAUCUGUUAAGUCUACAGUGAAAAGUCUUCCUGAAGUUGAGUGUUCACAGCCAGCUAGUGAGGAUGUUCUUCAAACAGUCCAAACUGAGUCACCAAAGGAAAAUAUAGCCAUGACUGCAGGAAUAAAAGACGAACAUCAGGGGGCACCAGAGAGCACCCAAGUUCAGAAACCAAAACCCUCUGAAUAAAUGCAAGAUGAUAAAAUGUAGAAGCACAAGAAAAGUGCAGCAAAACAGUGGCUAUCUGCAGUGAACGAGGAAAACGUGAUAAAAGAUGCUUCCAUUCUAAAUUAAACAAGACAGCAGUUGGUUCAGGCCAUUAUCAGGGAUGGUGAAGCUCAAAAUAAAGAAUGGCUUAAAGCACAUGCAAAUUACAAAGCAUGAGCCAAGUCUACAAAGAACAAAACACGAUUCCUCAAAUGUAUGCAGCAGCUUUACCUCUAAACCAACUUGUGUAUUGAAAACCCUUUGACUCAACAGAAAACAAACAUGAAUGUAAAGAGCAUUUUGGGUCUCUGUUGAUGUUGAUCUGCUUUGAUAUGUGCUGACAAAUAAAUGCAAUAAUUGAAACAGC